AUGAACGGUCACAUGCUGGACCCAUUGAUUGACCGUGAAAUCCAAAGUCGAAGGUCGCCAAGGGGACGUGCAAAAAAACUCUUUGCCCUGACCUUUGCCCUGUGUGCCUGCUUGGCUGCCGCCGAUGUGUCCCACCUGCAGCCCGGCAGCAGCUACCUGCCACCUCCGCGUCCGGAGCCGGCCAUCUCCAUGAGCAUCGAGCAGCAGGAGCUGCGCGAACUGCCCGAGCAAGUGGAGUACAUGCGGAUGAACAAGCAGGGUCAGAUGGAGGCCAUGCCCGCCAGUCUGCUGACGCCUCCUGCUCCGGAAAGCGAAAUGGAAGCCAUGCCCUCUACUCGCUAUCUGCCACCCUCUGCUCCGGUUCCAAGCCAGAUGAAUGUCGAGCCCAUGGAAAUGAUGGCACCCGAACAGCCGGCCAUGGAGCAGCUCCAGGCCCAGCCCCAGCUGGCCAUGCGCUACCUGCCCCCUGCUCCCCAGGAGAACCAGCAACUGACCUACCAGCAGUACCAGGAGCAGAUGGAACAGUUGCAGAUGCAGCAGCUUCAGGAACAGCCAGAGGAGUCUCAGCCGGAACAGCCCCAGCAGCAGGCUGAGGAACAGAUGCCUUAUGUCCUGGAUGUCCAGCAGCCCAUGGCUCCCUCCGAUGCGGAAGCCCAGCAGCCACAGGAACCUGAGCCAGCCCACGAACUCCGCGCCGACGGCUACCACUACAAGCAGGCCGAAGAGCAGCUCCGUCUGAGGCAUUAGCUCACCCAAAGCUGAGUCACCUGAUGACGAUAUCGCGAAUUCCGGGCAUGCGUCAUCGAAUUGUUGAAUGUUUCUAGUUCUAAG